UCUUACCCAAUCUUCACUGUCCACAUUACUGUAAUAACGCUUUUGAAGCCAAGUAACGUCGAUCUCUAUCCAAUGAAAGUUUAAAAUGGCGCAUCAAAACAGUACUACUUUAAUUUUUGCUGAGAUGAGUGUGUGCGACAGUCCAAAUAAAAAUUCUAAGCUUGACAAAAAGUCUCUGACGCCUUUUAAAAGGUGGCGCCGCAAAAAUUGGAAACAGGAGACGUCCUACAAGAGUGAUACAAGUAAGAAUCAAGAAGUUUCCUAUUUGGGGGAAAGGUUUAUACCCAAUCGGUUUGACCGAGCGAAUCUGGAACUCAACCUAAAGUAUAUUGGCAUACGGGAGGAACGGGAUAUACUCACGGGUGAGACAUUGACAGCCAGCUAUUGGCGUCAGAGCAGCUUUAAAGCCAACAUUAACCGGACCUUUGGGAUUCGGGAGAAUCGUCUGCUUUAUUUUAGCCGUCAGCAAGCAACCCAAUCAAGGGUGGUGGAAAAUGACUCCGCGGACUCGGAUUGGCCAUGCUGUCCCCGGGCCCGACCCUAUGCCAUUCAGAACGCCACACAUGAAAUGCCCGGUAUCAACAGCCCUAUUGACUACAACUUAAUGGACUGGUCGUCAAGUGGAAUGGUGGCUAUGUCCUCUGGCCAGGACAUUAUGCUGUGGCGCAACUUGGACGAGAGCACCAUGGUCUUUAGCGUCGAGUCGCCGACUUCCCUUAAGUACUCUCCAGAUGGGAAGUAUCUAGCCAUCGGAUGCAUGGAUAGGAACUAUCCAGUCUUGGACCUCUGGGAGGUGAGGUCACCAAUGGAGUUUUUGGUCUCCUAUCGCAAGUUGUUCGUCAAGUCCGUGGGCUGCGUGAGUUGCAUUGAAUGGUCCCACGAUGGCAAGGAGCUCAUUUGCGGCACCCAGUGCGGAGUGAUCGUCGUGCUGAACAUGCCCAAAUUAAGGACUGUGAUGCAAAUAAACGAGCACCUAAAAAAGGUAAACAAAAUCAAGUUCUCACCAACCCGAAAGUAUAUUGCAUCCAGCGAUACGGAUGGCCAAAUUUGCAUCUUUGAUGCUACGAAUAAGCUUCGCAUGCUUGCGCUAGAUGGCAAAUCAACAUGUUUUGACUGGCAUCCCUGGACCGGUGAGGACUUGGCUCUUGCGGAGCGGAGUCCCGCCACUAUUUUUAUUUUCAACAUACCGCGGAGGCAAUGUAUGGCUUCUUACAAGCGCAGAGACGACAGGAUAAUUAUAAAGACCAUCACAUUUAGCAAGAUUACUGGCGAGUUGCUGGUCAACAUUAUUCGGCUGGACGAUUCGGACUUUGCUAUGUGCGAAAUUCUGGUGCUAGCCUCUUUAAACCGCGUUGUAGACUUGUUGACUCAUCAGGAUCGCGGCACUUUGUUCCUCAUGUGGAAUCCGGAUGGAACGAGCAUUGCUACCAGCGGCCUAGAUGACACCUUUUCGUUGUGGAACUUUUUCCCCACCCACAAGCGUAAGGCUAUACUCGGAAAACAGGAGCAGAAGGUUAAGGAUAAGAAUAGCUCCUUGAGCCUAUACAAAGCAAUUCGGUGAUUUCAUAUUUAAAAUAUAUUUUCAUGUUAUUAUGGUUAGUCUUUAAUUUAAUCCAAUUGUGCUUUUCAUUAUUUAUUCAAUUCAUAUUCCUUCCAUAAAAAUUCCAUUAGAUUUAACUUA